AUGGCGGAGCCACGCCGGAUCACUUUACAUGAGCAAGGAGCUCUGGAUAUUGUACUUCAACCAUUGCAAGCAAGGUGUAGAGCUGACGAGGUGGCUAUCAUGGCUUUUGCCUUCCCUUUCUCUCUUGAAGCACAAGCAAAGACAUGGUUUUAUUCGCUACCGGAUGAGAUUGCUACCAAUUGGGAUUUCUUGAGAAGAGAGUUUCUAGAUAAAUUCUUCCCACCGGAGAAGACCGACUACAUCUGGAAGGAGAUUCCGGUUAUAAUCUACUUCACCGGAGGUCUUUAUGUGGAAGAUAGAAGAUUGCUCACCGCUUCUAGCGGUGGUUCCCUUUCGAAAAACAAGAUGGAGGGAGAAGCUUGGAGUUUGAUAAAGGAUGUUGCUGAAGCUACACAACAUACAAGGGUGAGAAGUAAUCCUCUCAAGGGUGUGGUAGAACCGUCCCCUUCCAAAUCAAGCCUAACCAAAGCACUUUGGGAUAUGACCACCAUCCUCACACAAAUACAAAAGGAUCAAAAGGAAUUCUACUCCAUCCAAGCCGUCCAAGCUCCACCCCCAGUUGCUCAACUUAAAGGCCCUCCUAGGAUUUGUGGUUUGUGCUCUAGCACUACACAUUACACCGAUCAAUGCCAUCAAAUUCAAGAGGAACAUGCCCUUGUGGUGGCCAAUGUGAAUUACAAUAAUCGUCCACCCUAUCCUUCUCAAGGCCAAAACCACUACCCUCAUGGUAGUAAUCAACAUCAAGGGUGGAGGGAUAAUGCACAAGGGAGCAAUCAAAACCAAAGAUGGAACAACUCUCCUUCUCAUCACAACAACAACCAAUCUUCAUCUCAAUACCACCAUGUUGACGAGCUUAGAGCCGUUGUGGAUAAACGGGAUGAGGGCUAUAAGGCUCAAUUCGAGGCCAUGAGUGCUCAAUCGGUCAAUUUUGCCAACAUGAUUUCGAAGAUGUCCAUGUCCUCCUCCAACAAUACCAACCAACCCUCAAGUUCUUCUAACCUUCCAUCCCAACCCCAACCAAACCCAAAGGGCAGUCUCAACGCCAUCACCCUACGGUCGGGAACUAUAUUGGAGGAGAUAACUCCAAGGGUCUUGGAGGACAUUCAUAAGGAAGAAGUGAUUGUUGAAGCUCCACAUGAAAAGGGGGAGGUAGACAAGAGGCAUGAGGAAGAAGGAGUAAACCUCAAAGAACCCAAGAGAAAAGCUCUAGUGGAUGAGUCUAUCCCUAUUCCAUUCCCUUCCAUGGUGAAGAAAGUAAAGAAGACACCGGAAUUUGAUUUGAACAUGCUUCAAGUGUUCAAGAAGGUUGAGGUAACCAUACCACUUCUUGAUUCUAUUCAACAAAUUCCAAAGUAUGCAAAAUUCUUGAAAGACUUAUGUACACACAAGGAUAGGAUAGGAGAAUUGGAGACAUUAUCCUUGGGUAGUUCAAUUUCUUCCUUGAUGGAACCUAUUCCAAAGAAAUGUGGUGACCCUGGGCCUUGUUUGGUGUCUUGUUGUAUUGGUGGACACACUUUUCAUGAUUGUAUGUGUGAUCUUGGAGCUUGUGUAAGCAUCAUGCCGCUUUCUACCUUUGUGCGGUUGAAUUUAGCUCCAUUAAAGAAGUCGGCGGUGAGGUUUGCCUUGGUCGAUAAAAGUGUGAUCAUGGUAAUAGGAAUAGCCAAAGAUGUACUUGUGGCGAUCAAGGAUUUGAUCUUUUCGGUUGACUUUUACAUCCUUGAAAUGCCUCCAACAGAAAAUAGAAGCUCAUCCUCCGUUCUACUUGGUAGACCCUUCCUUAAGACCUCUAAAUUCAAGUUAGAUGCCUUCACCGUCACAUAUUCCUUUGAGGUUAGAGACAAGACUAUCAAGUUCAAUUUAGAAGAAGCCAUGAAGCAUCCUCCCGAAGAGCAUUUCGUUCUCUGA